AUGGUUGCCGAAAUCAGCAGUUCAGCUGCUACGAAGUUCCAGAGAGUCGAUGCCCAGCCGGAGAACCCCUAUGCGGCACUGAUUGAGGAUCAAUCCAUUGCCAUUGUCCCGUCAUUUACACUCGAAUCUGGUGUCACUCUGUACAAUGUACCUGUCGCUUAUACUACGCGCGGUGUUCUUUCGCCCAACGGCGACAAUGUCUUGGUGAUCUGCCAUGCACUUAGCGGCAGCGCCGAUGUCGCUGACUGGUGGGGACCGCUCCUCGGAGGACCCGGCCAGGCUUUUGACGUGACCCGAUUUUUUGUCGUCUGCUUGAACAGCCUGGGCAGUCCUUAUGGCAGUGCGAGUGCCGUCACUUACAAAGAUGGAAGGCCCGAGAGCGGCUAUUAUGGGCCUGAGUUCCCUCUCACCACUGUUCGAGAUGACGUGAAUAUUCACAAGCUUGUUCUGGACGACCUCGGUGUCAAGCAGAUUGCUGCAGUGGUUGGUGGCUCGAUGGGUGGUAUGCUCACACUGGAGUAUUCCUUCUUUGGCAAAGACUAUGUCCGCGCUAUUGUUCCUAUCGCGACAUCUGCUCGUCAUUCUGCAUGGUGCAUCAGCUGGGGUGAAGCGCAACGGCAAAGCAUCUACAGUGAUCCCAAGUAUGACGAUGGAUACUACCCGUUCAACGACCCACCAGCAACUGGUCUCGGAGCUGCUCGUAUGUCUGCGCUGCUCACGUAUCGCAGUCGAAACUCGUUCGAGUCACGAUUUGGACGCAACGUUCCUGACCCCACAAGACGUCUCAACAUCAAUGGCACUGAAAGAUUACCCAGCCCACCCAACGAGCAUUGGGCUAUCCAUAACGACGGUCACCGCGGUGGAACGACCUCUCGCUCGGAGAGCCGACAACAAUCCCCUGUUCCCCAAAGCGACGUCCAGUACAUGGACCCGCAAUUCUCGGGCACAAAGACAUUCUCAGCACCCACGCCAACCAAAGCUGACGGACGCCCACGGCCACCCACCUACUUCUCGGCACAAUCAUACCUCCGUUACCAGGGAGACAAGUUUGUGAAGCGCUUUGACGCCAACUGUUACAUCGCGAUGACCCGAAAGCUCGACACUCACGACGUGUCCCGGCAUCGCGCAAGCCCCGAUGCUGAGAAUCCUGUGCGGGAAGCUCUUUCAAAAGUCGAGCAACCGGCACUCGUCCUCGGUAUCGAAUCCGAUGGCUUAUUCACAUUUGCUGAACAGCAAGAGAUUGCUGCCGGCAUUCCGGACUCGCGCUUGGAGCGCAUCGACAGUCCCGAAGGACAUGACGCCUUUUUGCUUCAGUUCGAGCAAGUCAACCGCCACAUUGUGGCCUUCUUCCAUGAAGUCCUCCCUGACAUUAUGAGUCAGUCCAAUGUUGAUGGAGCCGCUGCGGUUGCCAGUGUCACCAAAUUGACUAAGAGUAGUACGUUUGGUGAGGCUGAGGUGGAGGAUAUCACUGCGUGGUAA